AUGAUUUCAUUGACUGAAAUAUCGUGUCUCGAUUUGUACCGUCUAGAUAAUGUUAAUUUGGAUCCAUUGACCGAGAAUUAUGACUUUGAGUUUUAUUUUUACUACCUUUCCAACUGGCCCGACCUAUGUGCAUGUUAUCGCACGCAGGACGGGGUCAUCGCUGGUUACAUAAUAGGUAAAAUUGAAAACAAGAAAACACGAUAUGGGCACAUAUCUGCCUUAUCAGUUGAUCUGGAGUUCCGGCGUGAGGGUAUAGCCGAAAAACUAGUAAAAUACUUUGAAAACCGUUGCUUCCAACAUCAUUUCGUGAUGUACGUGGAUCUCUUCGUGAGGGUUUCUAACGAUGUGGCCAUACGUUUUUACAAAUCUAUGCUAUACAAAGUGCACACUAGGAUUCCCAACUACUAUUCGGACGGAGAAGACGCCUACGAGAUGAGGAAGUAUCCCUAA